AGCAUCUCCGGAGUUAUGAGAGUUGGCGAAGACGGGUGGGAUCUUGCUGUGCCUCUCUGCCCGCAGGCAGAGACAGUGCCAGGGAUAGCCGGCAGAGGGAGCAGCUCCGCUCCCCCACCCCUUACGCAGCACGUCCUCUGACGCGCACGCACGGCGGAAUCUGCCACGUGACGUCAGACGCAGGCGAGCUGGGCGGCGAGGCGGAAGGGGGGAGAGUGGAGUGACGGUAGGGGUCGCGGACCUCGUAGACUUUCCGUGCGCGGUCAGCGGCUCCAUUUGGUCCUGACUGGUUCCCCGGGAAACGGGAGAGCGCGAGUCGCCGCUGCAUUCUCUGCAUCUCUCUACCUUGUGCCAUCGCCAUGGGAGUCCGCGGUGUUCGGCGGAUUUGGGCUCGAUGCGGUCGGCUUCUCUCAACAUCGGCAGCCUCCCGCCUGUCAAAUGCGGAGCUGCUUCAGAAACGCAGCAAGCUGUUUGAUCAGGAGAAGGCCAGGCAGCAAACUCUGCUACCGCGGAUCGAGAAGAUCGAAGUUAAACACGUGGGGAGGCCUGAACCAGGAGCAGUGUUCAUCAUGAACAAGGGCCUAUCAACCCCCUACAAUUGUGCCAUGCACAUCAGCAACUGGUGUGUCAAGAGGUCUAUACUUGCACUUGUUGACGGAGAGGUCUGGGACAUGUACAGACCCCUGGAAAAAUCCUGUGACAUCCAGUUCCUCACCUUUACUGAUGAGAACCCUGAAGCUGUUAACCAGGCUUAUUGGCGGUCGUGUGCCAUGAUGAUGGGUUAUGUCCUUGAAACGGCUUUUAAAGAUGAAUACGCUGUUGAACUGAUCCGAGCACCGGAAAUACCAGUGAUCGCUGGAGCUUUCUGUUAUGACGUGAUACUGGACAGCCGGUUGGAUGAUUGGACACCCUCACAGGAGAACCUACAGUCCCUGACUCAAGAGGCUCACAGACUUAUCCACAAAAACCUGCCCUUUGAGUUGCUGGAGGUACCACCCAAGGUGGCCCGGGAGAUCUUCGAGGACAACAAACACAAACUGGCGGUGAUUGAGGAGCGGGCUUCCCGCCACCCCAGGAAACUGGUAAAGCUGUACAGGUGCGGUGAUUUUGUCGAUGUCAGUGACGGACCACACAUCUCCCGCACUGGAAUCUGCUCACAGUAUGAGAUCACUGCUGCCCACAAUCUGGACACGAGCCAGUCUGGCCUGGAGCGCAGGUUCCAGGGGCUCUCACUACCCCUUCACCUGAAGACCUUUUACUCUGUAUGGGGAAGACUGAGGCAGCGAUCCCAGAAACUGGUUACAGCGGACAGAAAUCAAACGGACAACAGAAGUCAAGCAACAGCGUUCGAGGAGAUUGGAAGGAGAGAGACUCAGCAAGAAAGGGCAUCCAGUCUGCUUUAGUUACUGAAUAAAUGGACCAAUUGUAUACAGUAAAACGAAAACCUUUCUCUAUUGAAUCCUUUGGAGCCGAGCUCUGUGAAGCUACAGGCUGGCAGAGUUGAAUCUCCUGGCGUGUGCUCCCAGUGACAAUGAGAUGGAAUAUCUGAUAUAACCGGCUGACGAAUCUGGGAAGGCAUCACAUUUGGGUCUGACCCUUGACCUUGUCUUUACUUAGCCCUGCGCUGAAGAUGCAGCAGCUAACCAGAAUCAGUCUCAGUCAGCACCUCUUUGUAAUUUUGUUGUUUGUUAGAAGUUCCAGCAUUUUAAUUAAAUUGUUCCUUUAAAACUGUCUGUCUCCUGGGAGGUUGCCAGCAGUGGUAUUGUAUGGGGCUGCAGGAACGUCAGUGGUCUGUGUCCACGGGGAGAGCCUUUGGCUUGGCUUAGUGGGUGUAACUGCACUGCAGUGUGCAUCUACCAAGAGUACCACACUGAUGGAAACAGGCCCUUCAGCCCAGCUUGUCCCUGCUAACCAAACUGCCUGACUCAGGGGAAAAAGACAUUGGCUCUCCACACUAUCUAUUCUGCUCAUCCUAAACACCUCUAUCAAAUCACCUAUCAUUCUUUGCUCCAAAGGGAAAAACCCAAGCUUGCUCAACCUACCCCUCAUAAGACAUGCUCUCCAAUCCCGGCAGCAUCCUUGUAAAUCUGAAGCACAUUCUCUAAAGUUGACCAUCUUGUACGGUACUGUAGUUGUCAACGGGGAGCAGAGAGCAAGUUUGCAAAAGGAAAGGAUGUUGGGAAUGGGGAAUUGUGAAGGUGCAGGUGCCGUGGGAGCGUGUGGGACAGGUGGCAGAAAGGAGUUCCCAGGUCGGGGGGGAGGGGUAACAUUGGUGCAGACACCUCUGCCCUAGACACCAGGUAAUGUAAUUUGCUUCCAAACAGUUGGUCUAUUGAUCAUUACAGAACGUGUCUCUGGUGCUUCCCUCCCCCACCUCUCUCCCUUUCCCUUUUCCCAGUCAUGAUUCCCUUCUCUCUGCCCCCUUCCCACUCUCAGUCCACAACAGAGACCCA